AUGCAAAAGGCUGAAAAGAUUUUGGCGAGAGGCAAGGACGCGUCCGACAAACUCGCCAUCCACUGGGAACACCUCCGGUUGCAAUUUGAAGGCUGCAAGCAGCAAGGAAUUCCACAAGACGAAGCGGCGCUGCGUGCUGUACUGAAGACUGUCGCCCGCCUUCCAGCAACGACGCGGGUACCCAAGGUUGUGGCGAAUGUAUGCGUGAAGGAAAUUGAGUCCCAGUUACUUAGCUUGAGUUUGCAAGCAGAACGUCUGGCGGCGAAAAGUAUUCUCAAGCAUGGCACGACAACAACCUCCAAAAUGCUGGCGAAAAAUACAGCAGCUUUGGUAGGGGGUGUUGCAAAGGGCGCUUUUAUAGGCCUGAACGUCGUUCUACAAGUAAACGAUAUUUGUGAUCUCCUUAAGGAAAUCGACACGGAUCAUCCGGCUGCAACGACAAUCGGAAAGAUCAUUUCGCAGCUUAAGGGCAAAAUACGUGAGGCGAAAAAACUCAGAGACGAAGUAAAUGCCGUUAAAAGGGCUUAUCAGGAAGCCACCGAGGCAGAAGCUAGAGCAGCCCAAACACGGUCAAAGCCAACUGAAAAUAACAAGGAUAGAGGUAAGACAAACAAAACCACGCAAGAUGAGGCUGUAUGCGAUUGGGGCGAUGGUGCUGAUGAUGAGGAUCAAAAGCGUACGCCAAACCGUCGCACCUGUGAAUAUCAGAUAUCUGAAGCCGGAGUGGAAGAAUUAAUAAGGCUUCUGCAUGAGCUA